GUAUCUCGGGACAGUGCAGGGCCAGUCAUGGGCUCUUCCCUCAGCCGCGGUGCGUCUUGGGAUAUUGGAUGUCCAGUCCGAGUUGGUGUCCGGACUCAGACAGGGUGCAUCUUGGGAUGUUGGAGGAGUGGCAUCCUGAAUGCCUUGUGGGCUGCUGGCAGUCCCAGGAAGAUGCAGUGCCUUGCUAUUUUUGCACUUCCUUGUUCCUGAUGAUGGCCAAGCCCAAGCUGGUGGUGUUUGAUUUGGAUUACACUCUCUGGCCGUUCUGGGUGGACACACAUGUGGACCCACCGUUCAGAAAGGAAAGGAAUGGCAAGGUCGUGGAUAGCUCUGGACGGAAGGUUAACCUCUACGCGGAGGUGACGGAAGUGCUGCAGGCGCUACAGAGGGAUGGCAUCCAGAUUGCAGCUGCUUCCCGCACCGGUGAAGUGACAGGAGCCAAUCAGCUGCUGAAUAUCUUCAAUCUGGACUCCUACUUCGUCCAAAAGGAAAUAUACCCAGGGUCGAAGGUCACUCACUUCACAAGGAUCAAGCAGGCUACCAGAAUCCAGUUCUCGGAGAUGAUCUUCUUCGAUGACGAACCCCGGAACAUUACGGAUGUUGAGAAAUUAGGUGUACUCUGCGUCCUGGUCCGGAAUGGGAUGACCCUGAAACUGCUGCAGGAGGGACUGGCGAAGUUUGCACACGCUCAGAAGAGCCACAGCUGAGACCUGCAUUGGGGCGAAGUGGCGGUGGUUGUGGGGGGGGGUGGGGCUUAUUUAUACGAUACUUCUGAACCUGCACUGGGACCUGAGAGCUGUUCCGUUCGGUGUGUGUAAACCCUUUUAAAACUCGUCUCCUUCUUAAAAGCUCGCUCUCUCGCUCGAACGCGAACUGUGCCGCGAUUGAGAAGAGAGCGGCAGACAGAGGGAGGAAAAAAAAAAGCAGCAGCAUUGAAAUUUGGGGUUGAGACGACUGGUCAGGGCAACCUCUUCUCAGUAGCCUGUUACGGAAAUCGCUCUGUUCUGCAGAUUGACUUAACCUGUCCGUCGUUCUCGAGCUCAGUGCGCGGUACCGUGCCUUCUAACUGAGUGAGGAUAUUCAGUGUGUGGGAGGGAGCUCAGGGAAGGGGCAGUGGACUGAUGCGCACAAUGAGGGGUCACAGUUUAAAAAUGAGAGUGUGGGUAUCUAAAACAGGCGAGAAGCUGUUUGUACUCGGGGCGUUGACAUUCCUUGGUGUUCAGUUUCUGCAGAAGGCAACUGACAUAAUAAAUAUUUCAAAGGGUCGAUGUAGCUCUGUAUGGCAGGGGGUGGAGGGGAGAUAUGCAGAAUUGAACAAGGGAGUGGGCCAACUGGAUUCAAAGCCCCUCAUUCACCCCGAAUUUGAGGCGUGUCUCUCCAGCCCCCUCUUCUGUAAAACACCCCAGCUCUCGGUAAUGGGGGGUCAUUGAACCAAUCUUCUCCGCUGAGAGAGAGACAGCAAGGGUUUAGUCUCACCCGUCCUGUCCCUGCAGUGUGUUCAAAGCCAACUGGGGUCGGAGGUGGUGGAAUUUAGGCGACAAUCCCCACACAUUCAAAAGAUCAGCCGAGUGAAAAUUAAUUUUUCUUUAAUUAUUAUUGGUGAUAAAAGACAGCUACAAAAGAACAGGCGCAGGGAGAGACACGAAGGAGGGAGAGGAGAGAAUCGGGGACGCUGUGUUCCAUUUCCCAGAAGCAAACACCCGUGUCCUGGUUUGGAAAUCAAAAUUCGGGACGGGAUGAAAUUAAAAGUUAAAAUUUCAGAUUGCAACGAGGAGGAAGCACAACAGGAGCAUGGCACUUGGCUGUAAAAAAAAACACGCAAAACCCAAUUUACAAGCCGUCCACAGCGUAUAAAAUUUCACAACCCUCAUUGUAUCGUAUUUAUAAUGUUACAUAUAUUACACCGUGUGCCUGGCUGCACGCUCGCUGGGGCGACGAUCCCGCUGGCCGUGAAUUCCGGAACGUUCCGCAGCUGGAGGCGCUCCCUCAGCUGUGUGCGUCGCACGCGUGAUGCUCCCCUUGGUGGGUGGGGGCGCUCCCAGAUUUACUCAUUGCCUCUGAGACAGAGAGAGAGAAAGAGAGAGAGACACAGUGGUCAAGGGGUUUUGCUGUGGGAGACUACCAGAGCUUCCCUCCCCCCCACCCCACCAACCCCACCUCGUCCCGAACUUGCCUGCACUGAUCUUCCUGGUCACUUCCUCAGAAACCCCCUCUCCCCCCUCAAAGAUCAGUGUUCUGACACACGCCAAGCGAGAGCUAGGUCAGUUCCUGCCUGUAUCCCCCUCUCUAAGCCUUCUCCUUUUCACGUAGCUGCCCAAAUGCCUUGUAAAUGUAACUGGAUCCGCAUUGACCACUCCCUCAUGCAGUUUGCUCUUAAAUCUUUCCCUUCUCACCCUGAACCCUUUAGAUCUGCACUCCCGUACCCUGGCUAAAAAAAAACCUUGGCUAUUUACCCUAUCCAUGUCCCCUCAGGAUUUUAUUAACCUCUCUAUAAGGUCACCCCUCAGCCUCCGACGCUCCAGGGAAAACAGCCCCAGCCUUGAUAAUGUGCUUGGAAAUCCUACCUGCAUCCUUUUCAGUUCCUUCUCCCUAUACAAGGGCAAUUAGAAUUGAAUGCAGUAUUCUACAGUGGCCUGUACAGCCACAACAUGACCUCCCAACUCCUGUACUCAAUACUCUGACCAAUAAAGGAAAGCAUACCAAA